CCCCGAGCGGCCGCCGCGCAGGUCGGGUCCGCGCCGCAGCGGCCGGAGAUGCAGCCCGGCGCCGCGCUGUGCCUGCGCCUGGGGCUCUGCCUCGGACUCCUGGACGGCCUGGCGAGCGGCUACUCCAUGACCCCCCCGACCCUGAACGUCACGGAGGAGGCGCACGUCAUCAACGCCAGUGACAGCCUGUCCCUCUCCUGCAGGGGCCAGCACCCCCUCGAGUGGGCCUGGCCAGGGGCUCAGGAGGCGCCGGCCAGUGGGGAGAAGGACGGCGAGGACACGGGGGCCGUGCGGGACUGCCCUGGCUCGGACGCCAGGCCCUACUGCAAGGAGCUGCUGCUGAGCGAGGCCCGGGCCAACGACACCGGCCGCUACCACUGCUACUACAAGUACAUCAAGGCGCGCAUCGAGGGCACCACCGCGGCCAGCACCUACGUGUUUGUGAGAGACUUGGAGCAGCCGUUCAUCAACCCGCCCGGCACGCUCCUGGUCAGCCGGAAGGACUACAUGUGGGUGCCCUGCCUGGUGUCCACACCCGGCCUCAACGUGACGCUGCGCUCGCAAAGCACGACCCUGCAGCCGGACGGGGACGAGGUGGUGUGGGACGAUCAGCAGGGCAUGCGGGUGCCCGUGCCGCUGCUGCGGGAGGCCCUGUACCUGCAGUGCGAGACCUCCGUGGGCGGCCAGACCUUCCUCUCCAACCCCUUCCUCGUGCACAUCACAGGCAACGAGCUCUACGACAUCCAGCUGUUCCCCAAGAAGUCGCUGGAGCUGCUGGUGGGGGAGAAGCUGGUCCUGAACUGCACCGUGUGGGCCGAGUUCAACUCGGGCGUUACCUUCGCCUGGGACUACCCGGGGAAGCAGGCGGAGCGGGGCAGGUGGGUGCCCGAGCGGCGCUCCCAGCAGACGCACACCGAGCUCUCCAGCGUCCUGACCAUCGUCAACGUCAGCCAGCACGACCUGGGCCCGUACGUGUGUGAGGCCAGCAACGGCGUGCAGCGGUUCCGGGACAGCACCGAAGUCAUCGUGCAUGAGAAGCCCUUCAUCAGCGUGGACUGGCUCAAGGGCCCCAUCCUGGAGGCCACGGCGGGAGACGAGCUGGUGAAGCUGCCCGUGAAGCUGGCCGCGUACCCGCCGCCGGAGUUCCAAUGGUUCAAGGAUGGAAAGCCGGUGUCCGGGCGCCACAGCCCCCACGCCCUGGCGGUCAAGGAGGUGACGGAGGCCAGUGCGGGCGUCUACACCCUGGUCCUGUGGAACUCAGCCGCUGGCCUGAGGCGCAACAUCAGCCUGGAGCUGGUGGUGAACGUGCCCCCCCACAUCCACGAGAAGGAGGCCUCCUCCCCCAGCAUCUACUCCCGCCACAGUCGCCAGACCCUCACCUGCACGAGCUACGGGGUGCCCCCGCCCCUCGGUGUCCAGUGGUUCUGGAGGCCCUGGACACCCUGCAAGACGUUCGCCCAGCGCAGCCUCAGCAGGCGGCAGCAGCGGGACCGCAUGCCCCAGUGCGGGGACUGGAGGGAGGUGACCACGCAGGACGCCGUGAACCCCAUCGAGAGCCUGGAGACCUCGGCGGAGUCUGUGGACGGCAGGAACAAGACGGUGAGCAGACUGGUGAUCCCGGAUGCCAACGUGUCCGCCAUGUACAAGUGUGUGGUCUUCAACAAGGUGGGCCGGGACGAGCGGCUCAUCUACUUCUACGUGGCCACCAUCCCCGACGGCUUCAGCAUCGAAUCGGAGCCAUCCGAGGAUCCCCUGGAGGGCCAGGCCGUGCGCCUGAGCUGCCGGGCGGACAACUACACCUACGAGCACCUGCGCUGGUACCGCCUCAACCUGUCCACGCUGCACGACGCGCACGGGAAUCCGCUGCUGCUCGACUGCAAGAACGUGCACUUGUUCGCCACGCCGCUGGCAGCCAGCCUGGAGGAGGCGGCGCCCGGGGCGCGCCACGCCACGCUCAGCCUGAGCAUCCCCCGCGUGGCGCCCGAGCACGAGGGCGACUACGUGUGCGAAGUGCAGGACCGGAGAAGCCACGACAAGCACUGCCACAAGAAGUACCUGUCCGUGCAGGCCCUGGAAGCCCCGCGGCUCACGCAGAACCUGACCGACCUCCUGGUGAACGUGAGCGACUCCCUGGAGAUGCGGUGCCGGGUGGCGGGCGCCCACGUGCCCAGCAUCGUGUGGUACAAGGACGAGAGGCCUCUGGAGGAGGAGUCUGGGAUCGACCUGGCGGACUCGAACCAGAAGCUGAGCAUCCAGCGCGUGCGCGAGGAGGACGCGGGCCGCUACCUGUGCAGCGUGUGCAACGCCAAGGGCUGCGUCAACUCCUCCGCCAGCGUCGCCGUGGAAGGCGCGGAGGACAAAGGCAGCAUGGAGGUCGUAAUCCUGGUGGGCACCGGGGUUAUCGCCGUCUUCUUCUGGGUCCUUCUCCUCCUCAUCUUCUGUAACAUGAGGAGGCCAGCCCACGCCGACAUCAAGACCGGCUACCUGUCCAUCAUCAUGGACCCCGGGGAGGUGCCCCUGGAGGAGCAGUGCGAGCACCUGUCCUACGAUGCCAGCCAGUGGGAGUUCCCCCGCGAGCGGCUGCACCUCGGGAGAGUCCUGGGCCACGGGGCCUUCGGGAAGGUGGUGGAAGCCUCGGCUUUUGGCAUCAGCAAGGGCAGCAGCUGUGACACCGUGGCCGUGAAAAUGCUGAAAGAGGGCGCCACGGCCAGCGAGCACCGCGCCCUGAUGUCGGAGCUCAAGAUCCUCAUCCACAUCGGUAACCACCUGAACGUGGUCAAUCUCCUGGGCGCCUGCACCAAGCCCAACGGCCCCCUCAUGGUGAUCGUGGAGUUCUGCAAAUACGGCAACCUCUCCAACUUCCUGCGCGCCAAGCGGGACGCGUUCAACCCCUACGCGGAGAAGUCCCCCGAGCAGCGCCGGCGCUGGUGCGCCAUGGUGGAGAGCGCCAAAGCUGACCAGCGGAGCCGGCGGGGAAACAGUGACAGGGCGCUCCUCUCUCGGCUCCGGAUGGGCAAGGGCGUGGUGGGGCGGACCCCUCCACUCCCGGAGGCCGAGGACCUGUGGCUGAGCCCGCUGACCAUGGACGACCUGGUCUGCUACAGCUUCCAGGUGGCCCGAGGGAUGGAGUUCCUGGCCUCCCGCAAGUGCAUCCACAGAGACUUGGCUGCUCGCAACAUCUUGCUGUCAGAAAAUGACGUGGUGAAGAUCUGCGACUUUGGCCUUGCCCGGGACAUCUACAAAGACCCUGACUACGUCCGCAAGGGCAGCGCCCGGCUGCCCCUGAAGUGGAUGGCACCCGAGAGCAUCUUCGACAAGGUGUACACCACGCAGAGCGACGUGUGGUCCUUCGGGGUGCUGCUCUGGGAGAUCUUCUCCCUGGGGGCUUCCCCGUACCCCGGGGUGCAGAUCAACGAGGAGUUCUGCCAGCGGCUCAAAGACGGCACCCGGAUGAGGGCCCCGGAGCUGGCCACGCCUGCCAUAUGCCACAUCAUGCUGAGCUGCUGGUCCGGAGACCCCAAGGCCAGGCCUGCGUUCUCGGAGCUGGUGGAGGUCCUGGGGGACCUGCUCCAGGGCGGGGGCCUGCAGGACGAGGAGGACCGCCUGGCCCCAGGUGGCUCGCAGAGCUCGGAGGAGGAGGGCAGCUUCCUGCAGGCGUCCACCAUGGCCCUGCACGUCGCCGCAGCUGAGGGCAGCGCAUCCAGUCCUCAGCGCCACAGCCUGGCGGCCAGGUCAGCCCCUCCCCGGGGCCCAGGAUACUACAAUUGUGUGUCCUUCCCUGGGUGCCUGGCCAGGGGUGUGCAGGCCCAGGGCUCCUCCAGGAUGACCACGUUUGAAGAAUUUCCCAUGACCCCAACGACCUACAAAGCCUUGGGGGACAACCAGACGGACAGUGGGAUGGUACUGGCCUCGGAGGAGCUGGAACGGAUAGAGAACAGACAUCGGCAGGAAGACGGGUUCAGCUGUAAAGGGCCCGGGAGGAACGCGGAUAUGGCCAGGGCGCACCCCGAUCCCCACGGAAUGCGGCGGAGGUCCGACCGGGGCCCCCCAGGAGGGCAGGUGUUCUACAACAGCGAGUAUGGCGAGCUGUCCGGGCCGUGCAGGGCAAGCGACCGUGCCCCCUCUGCCUGCACAGCCUUCUUUGCAGACGACGGCUUCUAGGGCGGCAGCGGACGAGGCCCCCACCCCUUGCUGAGCCAGGCUGGGAACUGGGGGCUCAGCCCCUGUAGCUCAGCCCCUGGAGGUGUUUCCCCUUCCCUCCCGACAGCCCCAGCUGGGGAGAGCAAAGCUCCAGCCCCGGGGCCCCUGAACGCCACGGCCAAGCCCAGGGCCAGCCUCGGGCCGUUGUUCCCGUCCCCCCCUCAGGCCCAGAUUCCUCCUUGCUCAGCAUCCACAGGAUCGAUGCUCCUGGGGAGGAGUCUCUGCGGUCCCCUCCUCCCAUCACAGUGGGGGUGGCUCAGCCCCCAUUUUCUGAUGAGGAUUAUGUGGGUCUGUGGGGCCCACGGUGGUUGCAGUAGAGCCAGACUGGAGCAGUGGUCUCAGCUCCACACCCCAAAUGCUGCCUUCCCUUCCCGGCAUUGCCCCUCAAAGGCUGAAGCGUGGGUGUCACAUUUCCCGUCUCCGAGCAGUAGCUGAGGAAUCCGGGGCUCCUCUCCUGAGCUAAACAGCUGACCGUCUCGGGGUCGGCCGUCUCUCCCGCGAGGAACCGAUUUAAAGGAGGAAAAGGGCGUGUCAUUUAUCCUGAGUGUGCACUAGGACUGUUCAACCAGGACAGGGUUUUUUUUUCCAUUAGAAGUUCGGAGACUAUUUUUGUUGCUGUGAAGAUUUGAGUUUUCGAAACGUUGAUGCGAAGGAAGCCGGGGAAGGCCCUGCGUCCAGAGAGGCCUCGCCUCCGACCUCGGUCGGGGCCAUUGGAGCAGACGCGGCGGUCGCCGUCUCCCUUGAGAAGGCCCCUGGCCCCGGCGGGCCCAGCAUCCAGAGGCUCAGCAGAUGGCCCACAGCGGCCCCAUCUCAGACGCCCGGUUCUCUCCUGGGCCCGGACGCGCCGCCGAGUCCUCUCCCGAGCCUACAGGUCCUUACGAAACAAACACUGGGGCCCGCCAGGAAGGGAGAGCCCAGUGCUGCCCUGUGCCCUCGGCGUCGGUGGACGUUCUCGUGGCCUGGGAUGACCCUGGCUUUAGCUUUCACUCGUCUGUGCUGAGGCCGCAGGCCCCGGGGUCAGUGCCCGCAAGGCCGCACCUCGGCCCUCACAGGGAGCGGCCGCCGGACCCUCUGGGAGCCGGAGCCAUUCUGUUCCCCCCUCGCCUCCCACCCCACAUUGCCCGAGCACCCCCGGCCUGGAGCCCACACCCCAGUUACAGCCCCACAACGCCCCCCACACCCGACAGGACGCUUGCGGGACGGGCCGCUGUGCGGCGAGCAGGGCCACGCUCUGCAGACCCUCACUCCAGAGUGUGUUGUUCCCUGGUGACAUGUCAGACGCAUUUACGACUGUAACCCUCACCGUCCUGGGGGCCCCCUCCCCCUCCUCUGCCACCUGACGUGGGCUCGGGCUCGGGCUCGCGGGGGUGUCGGGGCUGCCUGCUCUGCGGGAUGUGGCGCGUGCAGCCGUGUGCAGUGGACACAGGUGCCCACCGUCCAGCCCCUCUUUCCUGGCACGUAACCCGACACAGAUGUACCAGGGAAGGAAACCUUGUAAACAGAUGUUCUCUGAAAAUAUCUAAACUAUAUUUAACAAAAGAUAAUAAUAAAUUUGAUGCCAGUC